AAACUAAUAUUGUUAGUUUAGGCAGCAUUUAUAUGUGAGUAGUAAAAAUUGAAAUUCUUUCAGCUCUUUCAGCAAGGAAUAAGAAUCUGGCAAAUAUGCUGAACGAAAGUAAGGGUAUUGAUGUGGGAACAGCCACAGAGGAUUGCUCAGAUUUGGAUGUCAGCUCAGAGGAUGAUAGCGAUGAUGUGUUAGCCGAGGAUACCUCAAUGCAACCUGGUGGAAGUCGCACAUUGGACAAUCGUUUAAAUCCCGAUGCACCCGAUUUUGUGCCGGGUGUAACAACCCGUUUACUGGCCGUAAAAAUAGUCGAUGAAUUGUCGAGCUAUCCGCGUUGGAGCAAUGCCUCGAGCGAUAUUGCAUCGUAUGGACCACGUUACGAUAGCAUCUGGCGUGAAAGUUGCCCAAGGACACAGCUGCAGGUGCAGAAUGAAAGUGCCAUUGAGCCAGUGAUGCAACAACUACCAAAUGUUAUUGAAAUUGUGGGCGAUGUGGAGCCAUCGUUGAACCAGAGAUCUAAGGAUCAAAGUGACCCAGCAAUAGGGGAAUCAGCGUCGACAGGUCGCUGCUGCGCCUCCUGUGCACUGAUGUAAUACAUGGCAUUAAUUUGCGUUUAUCUUUGACAGUUAUACUCAUUAAAGCAUUGUCUCACUAUAUUUAAGAGAAAAGACACACACACAC